AUUUUAACAGCUCAUACAGGACAUUAUUUGUUCAUCUCUUAUCAAAAUCUCAUAAGGUAGUUCUCAAACAAACUAUCAACAAAAAACAAUUAGUUGAAUUGGUGAAAUACAAUUAACUUAAGUAGAGUAAUUAUCUCUAAAUAUUCAAUUAUGUUAUUAUGUAGGGCAAAGGGUGCUGCAUUUUAAAUAUUGUGCACUAAUGGACAGUACGUAUAGUACUAGUAAGAUUUAUAAUUAGUACAACAGCGGGAACAGUCUUUUCUUAAGUGAGGAUUGAUAUCUGGGUCGUUGGCAUCGGUCACCGGAACUGUAACAACAUCAGUCAGAAGAAGAUGUUGCUGAAACUUGUCUUUUGCUGUCAAAUUGCAACAAUUCUAGGUCUGUUUUGGAACCACGAGAUAUGCUACAAUGAUAUAGGAUGCUUCAAGAACAAUAACCCUUUCGACAACAGUUAUGGAGAGUUACCGGACGCCCCGGAGAGCAUAAAGGUGCGUGCGUUCCUGUGGACUCAGAGGAACCCUGAAUUUCCGGCAGAACUUUUCUACAAAGAGCCCCAGAGCAUCGCCGACUCGAACUUUGAUGCGAGGCGGCCCACCAAGAUGCUUAUACAUGGGUUUGAGAGUAGCAAAGAUGCAUCGCCUGUCGUCGCUAAUUUGUUUAGGGCAUUUAUUAAAACGGGUGACUACAACGUCAUAGGCAUAGACUGGUCAGCGGGCGCUAAGAAGUUCUACCCGAAGGCUGUGGCAAACACGCGUGUUGUGGGAGCCAUAUUACAGAGUCUGAUCUCGGUCCUCCAGGCGCAGUUCAGCCUAAAGCUUGCAGAUCUGCACGUGAUCGGCCACAGUCUGGGUGCUCACAUCGCGGGAUAUGUGGGGCAUCGCGUUCCAGGCAUUGCAAGGAUAACGGGACUCGAUCCGGCGGGUCCGGCGUUUACCAAGUCCGACGCCAUUGUCCGCCUUGACCCCACAGACGCGGUGUAUGUUGACGCCAUUCAUUCUGAUGGAGCGCCGCUCCAGGACGCCGGUUUCGGGACGAUUUUAUCUAUGGGCCACAAGGACUUCUACCCAAAUGGAGGGCAGGUGCAGCCCGGAUGCCCCGCCCCCAUCAGCACAACCGUCGAACAGCUUCUUACUGGACAGUUAAGCUCGGCAUUUACCACCGUGUCCUGCGCCCAUGACCGGGCAAUCUGGUACUUUAUAGAAUCUGUCCUGAACGCCAACUGCCAGUUUACUGCACACCCAUGCGACUCCUGGGCGACAUUCAAGGCAGGAAACUGCGCGUCAUGCGGUGGUCUCCCUUGCCCAGUCAUGGGAAUUAACUCUUCAAAUACGAAUGUGACUGGAAAGUUUUACCUGAACACCAACAAACAAAGUCCGUUUUGUGUAGGAAAUGUGUCCGACUAAUUGGUGUCACAGAUCUUUGACAGUUACUGUGCGUAUUUAAAGGAUAUAUUUUAUACAUUUAUUUAUACCUGUUAAUGUCAAUAAAACUGAUACCUAUUAAUGGCAAUUAAGCUGAUACCUGUUAAUGGCAAUAAAACUGAUACCUGUUAAUGUCAAAUUUUUUUCUACAGUUGCAAAUAAACUUGGAAUUUUA